CGAACGCACCGUUCACGAACGCGACCGAAAACAUACGAAAACGUACGAAAAGCGCGGGAAACGGCGAUGAAUGAACGCGAACGAAAAAACAAGUGACAGUGUGUGAUUUGAAUUUGGAACAGUUUCUCUUGUUUUUUUUUUAGUUGACUGUUGUGUUUUGAACGUGUGGUUAUUUAGAUUUGGAGAUUUAGUUCCUGAAACGAGAUGAAGAAACUGAAGCUGUAUGUUCGAGCGUUUUUCCUGAUAGCCUGGCUCUCCCGUGGCGAUGGUUACAGCUGCCCCUACGGACAGAACUGCGCCAACACCUUCGAGCCUGCUCCUCCUGGGCGGGCCCCACCGUGCGCGCAACCAGGCCUUACAUACUGUGUACAUCCGGACCCUUACCCUGAACAAAUAAUCCGCCGGCUAAUCGAAGCGGGACAGUACGAUAUCUCCACGCUGCUCUCGGACGAGACGAGAGACGACUUCAACUCCCAUAAGAAGGUGGACUAUGGGUACGGAUACGGGCCUAACUCUCUGCCCAACGUGGACCAGAUCUCCAUCGUCAAUGAGCCAAAAAACUACAACACGAAGUUCCAUUCGAGGUUCAAUCAUGAAAUAUUCUCGCAAAAAACGCCCCUCCAGCCCCCAUCUCCCGUGGAUCCGUCGCCCUACAAUAUCAACGCCUUCCAAUCGUCAAACUUCUCCAAGUUCGGCUAUCAGAACCCCAACUACUGGGCCCCGUUCGACUACGAGAACAAGAUUAACCGCAACGUGUACAACCAGAACUUUUACAACACGCCGUUUAGCCAGUACGAUAGCGCGGAUUGGUUCAGACAAGCGGCGAGCGGAGUGACGCAGUAUAAUCCUAUGGAGUGGUGGAAAUACCCAUCCCGGUCUGAAGUGACCGUACAACGCUCCGUGUCGUUUCCGACGCGGUCAACGAGGCACCGACGGCGGCGCAAUGCUGAGCUGGUACGAGCAUCAGAACAGAGACAGCUUACAGGCGCUGAAGCACUGAGGAUAGCUUUGGGGCUAGCCAGCGCAGAGACAUCCGCGGAGCGUCCCCGUCGGCAAGCGCCCGGCACAGAGGAGCUGUGUCGGGUCCGCACCGACUACAUCACGCCGCGCGCCGCGCUCAACAACAAGGGGAGCUGGCGAUACGUCGUCAACAUGCCCAACAACAUGACGCAGCUGGUGCGCGCUGAGAUAUGCACAUCAAGUCAAUGCAGCAACUUGUGUUCCGUGCCCGUCGGCUACAGUUCCCGUUGCGAGCAGAAAUAUAUACAAAAACGACUCGUGGCUCUCGAGUCGAGUGGACAGAAUUUAUACACCGACGUCUUUUGGAUACCUAGUUGUUGUCAGUGUACAAUAAUAGCCAACAACACUUAAACCCGAUUUAAUAAACGUAUAGUUUAUUACAAUGUAUUUUUUAUAGUUUGACUACUCGACGCUAGAUGGCGCGAAAAUCUAAAUUAAAAGCAUUUUGUUAACACUCACUGCCAAGUAUGUUAAGUAUGAGUUUACACACUUUUAACACGAAUUAAAUAGUAAUUAUUAUGAUGUUUGAUAUAAAGUCAUGACAUUUCGAAAAAUAUAGAUUUAAGUUAACUAUGUAAUAAUUUAAAAACUUGUUCUUUAUAAGUUAUUUUUUAUAACAUUUCUGCCUAGAUGGCGUUGUAAAGCUAUGAACUACGAAGACAACUUGAGUUUUUGUUUGAUUUUUCACGGUGUUUUGUUUGGUCUUUGUUUAUUUUUUCAUGUUAGGGAAACUUUGAUUUCUAUUUUAUGACACAGGCUGUGCUGUCAAAGUAGAUAUUUUCUAAUAUUUGUUUAUAGAUUAACAACUUAGAUUAUUAUGACUUUAGCGCCAUUGCUCGGCGUUCAAGAAACGAAUUGAUGAAAUUUAGGCCGAUGGACUAAACAUAUUUAGUUCUAUUAUUUUGUUAGCCUACUACUACAAGUUAUAACACUUACUCAG